AUCCAUACCAAGCAAGUCAUACAGCGAGAAGGAGCGCAAGUUUCUUAAUUGAGCCUUUCACAUUCUGACGGUAUAUAGCCUUGGGUUUUAUACAUUAAAUCGAUACAGUAGAUAAGCGUUCGAAGGAAGGCACACCUUGCGUCUUGAAUCCCAGAAAUACCCAAGAAGCCAAGAACGUCAAGGGGAUAUCGUAUUUUAUUCUGAUAGCACAAUGGCGGGACUAGGAGACUCGCCGCUCUUUUCCAAGCCAGUCACGUUGGCAGUCGUUGGAUGCGGUGCCAUGGGUACCGCCGUCCUAUCCGGAGUCCUUGACAGCAUUACUUCCUUCUCAUCCGCGUCUUCAUCCUCGUCAUCUUCACCACGGCCUCAAAUCACAGAAAUCAUCGCAACAACGGCCUCCCUGUCCUCCGCACAGCGUCUCCAAUCGCUCUUCCACCCCACGCAUGAGUCCAAACUGACCGUUCUUCACGGCCCUGAGGGCAAUCUCUCCGCCAUUCGCUCCGCCGACGUAAUCCUACUCGGCUGCAAACCCAAAUUCAUGCCCACUGUUCUCAAAGCCAGCGGCGUCGCGGACGCGCUCAAGGGAAAGGUUCUCAUUAGCAUUCUCGCGGGAGUCCCACCUCGCACCAUUAUGGAAACAAUAUACGAUCUUAAAAGCCCUAAAGUCGUCUCCCAAUCGGGUCAGACUAUGCACGAACUUUCAUUGCAUUACGGUAUAGAAGGAGCGUUGCGCAGGAUAUCAUAUAGCGAUGAAAGAAAAGCCAGUCUCAAAAUCACCCGCGGCAUGCCGAACAUGGGCGCGCAGAUUCGUGAAUCGAUGAGCGUCCUGGAAGAUUAUGUGUACCCUCCUCCUUCUACUGGCCUUGCUCAGUUUUCCACAACGGGAGAAGGUCAGAAAGUCGACGAAGCCGCAGAAUCAAAAGCAGUCCUGUCAUUCACAAAUUUUCUCUUCCAAUGCAUUGGCCGCACGCACCUCGUCGACCCGACAUUAUUCGACUUGGCGUCUGUCUUGAUCGGCACGACUGGCGCAUUCAUCAUGCCCGCGCUCGACGGGAUCCUGGACGGCUGCGUCGCCGAAGGCAUGCGGCGCUCAGACGCCCAUCGCUUGUUGGCGCACAGUAUCCUCGGCCAAGUGAAAUUGCUGCUCAGCCCGCAAGAGGGCGGCACGGGAGACCACCCUGCGCUGAUGAGGGAGCGGGUGGCGUCUCCUGGAGGAAAUACGAUAAGGGGCUUACUCGCCCUGGAGCAGAGCGGGGUGCGCUCUGCGUAUGCAGGCGCCGUCAUGGCGAGUAUGGACCGGACGAGGGAAUUGGCGGGGAAGAAGUAAUGAUUAUCAUGUCUUUUUUUUUCCUUCCCUUAUUAUCUCUUUUUGAUAUUCUUCUUAUUCUCUUUUUUUCUUCCUCCUUUUUAUUUUUUGAGUCUAAUUUUCUCUGCACAGAUAGACAUUUGUUUGUUAAGUAGCCUAUGACGAUACAGAUUUUAUAGCCCAAUGAAUGAAUAUGAUUAUAUC